CAUGUCCAACGGUAAAGUUAUCGAGGCCGUUUCACCUUUGAAUGGAGCAGUGACAAAUGUUGAAAAGAAAAGCGACGAUCUGCAAACAACCGCCUGCACAACAGGACAAGGAGAAGUGAUGACAAAAUCUGUGAAGAAGGCUCUAAGCCAGGUGGCAGGAGCGGUUCACGAAAAAUACUACGGUUGUGGUAUAGUCAUACCGCCUGCACUUGAAGGUUAUUCAGUUCUAGAUUUGGGAUGUGGAGCUGGUAGGGACUGCUUUUGUCUGAGUAAGUUGGUGGGACCAAAUGGGUUUGUUACUGGUUUGGAUAUGACACAAGAGCAGCUGGACGUGGCGGAUGAAAACAUAGAUUAUCAUACGAGACAAUUUGGCUAUUCUAAACCAAAUGUAGAAUUUAAACGAGGAUUUAUAGAGAAAUUGACUGAUGCCGGAAUUGAGGAAAAUUCAUAUGACGUCAUUGUAUCAAAUUGCGUGUUGAACCUGUCGCCGGACAAACAAGCCGUUCUAUGGCAGGCCUACAAAGUUCUAAAAGAAGGAGGCGAGUUGUAUUUUAGCGAUGUCUAUGCGGAUCGUCGUUUGUCGGGUGAUAUUCUAAAGCAUAAAACUUUAUGGGGCGAGUGUUUUGCGGGCGCACUGUAUUGGCGUGACCUAAUUGAUAUAGCGACAAGGGUGGGAUUCAGCACUCCACUUUUAGUUAACGCCAGUGUCAUUGACCUGAAGAAUAAGGAGUUGCAGAGAGUUGUUGGUGACGCGAAAUUCGUGUCUGCAACCUACAGACUUUUCAAAGUGGGAAGAGAGAAGGCGACGCCGCACACUUGCUAUACCGUGUACAAAGGAGGAAUAGAGGAUUACGAAGAAGCUUUCAAGUUUGACUACUCAAACAUUUUCAAGAGAAAUGAAAUUGUGCCAAUUUCCGGUUUGGUCAGCGAGGCGUUGAAGGCGUCACGUUACUCGGGCUACUUUGAUUUCAAAGACAAUGGAGAAGACCUGGAGAUAAUCGACCCAUUCGCAAUUGUAGCCCAAUCGUCAGCAAACUCUACCAGCAGUUCACCAAACAACGUUAACGACUGUUGCUUGAAAAACUGCCGCAAUUGA